GGCGGACUUGGCGGCAGGGGUGGUUUUAGGUUCCGACAAGCUGCGGAUCGCCCUUAUAUCAUCUAUAAUUCUGGUAAUGUUUGGGUUCUCACCAUACCUAUGUACAUAGGUCGUAAUCUUUUCGACUUCCACGAGAAGGGGAAUCGUCGUCAUCACAUACCUACGAAUUCUCCGCACAAUUUUGUAGCCGAUAAGCAGGGGAAUGCCGAAAUCAUAGAGCAGACCGGUGAUUUUUGCAAUUUCACGGCGUCCGAAGGGGUCAAUAUUAAUUUCAAUGGAAGGAUUACCCACGAGUUUCCUAUCUUCGGGGGAGAGCACGUACAUCUCAUCAUCUUCAACCUCGAUGUAUCGGCGAUGCACAUGGACGAUUCGAAACAUGAUGGUUGAUGAGAAUGGAGGAGAAUCUACGAAUGGUGUAGGCUUUACUUCGAGAUGAUACUGCACUUCCAGCGUCAUGUUUCUAAUUCUACUUGAUUGCAGCAAAAGCAACUCUCUGGUAGAGGAAUCUCUACUUAUACGAGAUCUCUGUAUGUACAACUCCCGCUCCAACCAGAACUAUACAUAUAUGAUGACCCAACUAGUAGAUUAUUAUUUCACAUCGAAGACUCGAGUAAGCGACCAUGACUUGCCAUCGAUAGCAUCAAGAAAAGCCAAAAUUAAAUUUAAAAUUGUAUGUAUGUAUCGACACUUGAGGGUUGCUGAUGAAGACAAUUCAAGAGGCCAGAUCAGACCUAUGAUGUCAUACUCUGAGUCUCCGGUGGUAUUAGACGCUCCCACUCUUCACGUUAAAGUUGAGGAUUUGGGGCUUCGCGAAGAAUCUGAGAUUAAAAGAUUACUCUUCAGUUUUGGCAUCACAGGAGACGUUGUUUCAGAAAUCAUAGAUGAAAUCAUCUCCAAUUUGAAGUCAGCUGGUCGCAGGAGGAUCUCAAUGGCGGUGGGUGUAGGCGUGUUUAGGUCAGAAAUCCAUAGAGAUGGUAGAAGUUUUGCUGAUUCAUUGAGGAGGAUCAAAAGAAGUAUUCCUGCUUCCGAGUCCGCCAUUGAAGCGCUGGAGAAGGUGAAAUGGGAGAGUGGUAGUGGUGAAUGUGGAAUAUGUAUGGACGAAUUUUUGGGUGAGUCGGAAGUCAGUCGGAUGCCUUGCUCGCACCUUUAUCACCCAAACUGUAUUUCCAAAUGGUUGAACUUGAAUCACACAUGUCCUAUAUGUCGCUUCCCUGUUCAACACGAUUCAUCUUACUGGUCUUAAUUUAGAUAUUGUAGUAUUCAUAUUGCCAACAAUAGAGUUGGAGCAAAGUCAUGAAUGUUCACAGUGUCAGUUGAAUCGCUUGUAAGUUGUGGGUGUGCAGAUUUAUGAAAGAGUUGAGUUGAACUAAAAUAUGUAUAUUGAUUAU